AUGAGCUCAAGGCAUUAUUGUCCAGAAUGUGACCAACCUUUUAUUAAUGUUAAUAAAUCAGAACUUUCCGAGGUUGGAACUUUAUUUACCGCAAAUUGGAUUAAAGGUCCGAAUGAUACUUGGGAUCCGGUAGAAGGUGAAUACGUUGCUAGAAGGGGUUUACUUAAGGUCGCAUUAACUUCCCUUGGAGGUUCCCCAUCACUUUUCUUGAAGGAGUCAGUUACGAGUAAUUUGAUGAUGGUGGCGGAGACGGUGGAGUGGGACGUACGUCACUACGUUUCACAUCAUCAUACGCGUCUUACAUGGCAAAAUAAAUUAGCCAUUUUACAUACGAUAUCUAGUGCUUUAGAGAUCGUUAAAAGCGAGAAAUCAACUCAACAUACAAUAAAAUCUCAUAUUGAAGUUUCGGUUAAUGAAUUAGGAUUAGGUGAAGGAAAGGAAUUGAUCCCAGUUAUAGGACAUUAUAGAUAUGAUCUCUUACCAUUCAUCGCACCUGAAAUCAUUGAUGGGGAGGAGUAUAAUCCAAAGGUUGAUGUAUAUACAUUCGGGAUGCUUAUGUGGGAAUUUUCUUCAAAUAGACCUCCAUUUUAUGAUCAACCUCACGAUGCCAAGCUCAUAUCUUCAAUUUGUAAUGGGUUCAGACCAAAUUUACGUCAUGAUACACCCGAAUGUUAUGGUGAAUUAAUGGAAAAAUGUUGGAGUUCUUAUCCUCAAGAUAGACCAACAAUUUCAGAAGUUGUAAAGAAAUUAAGUGAAUGGCACGUUUAUGGAAAUGAUAAGGAUCAUUUUGUUAAUGCCGAAUCAAAAAGGAUUAAAAGGGUUUUGGCUAAAGGGUUAAACCCUAAUCCUGCUGGAAGAAUGGUCGCUCCUCCUAAAAUACAUCCUCAAGCUAUUUAUACUAGUAGAUUAUUAAAAUUUCCCGCCCUUCCCGUUCCGAGAAAUUCUCCAAUACCAACUCCAAGACGAUCUCAAUCUCAUAAUGAACAUGAUUAUGGACGUACGCAGAUGAGCAAUCAAGAUUUAGCCGCAAUUCUUAUUCGAGAUGAAAGUUUCUUUUCAACCGGAUUACUUAUGCAAAGACGUUCACUUUAUCCCGAAGAAGAACCCGAGUCAGAGGAUGAAGAUAUCAUAAAACAAUACGAACUUUCCAUUCCUUCUAAUUAUAAUAGUUUGGAUAAUUUCGGUAGCACAAGCAGUUCCAAAAACAUAGAACCACCAUCUAAAAGCCUCACAAUUAUAACUGAACACAUGACUGAUGAACCAGAAGUCUCCGAAGAAUUAAUUCGAACGCCAAUUACAAGUUGUUUAAGCCCAACCACCUUUAACAUAAUUAAAGAAUAA